GUUUGAUUGUGCUUGUGUAGAAUGUUCCUGAUGGAUUUCUUGUACUAGUAAGUCAGUUGAAGCCAUGGGCUGCUGCCAGAACAAGGAGCUUUACAUUGUUUGCUCCUGGGACUGGGAUGAAGGUGAUCACCUGGCAAAGGGUAUUUGGAGGCAGAAGCAUGUGGACCAAUUCGAGGUUGAAGAGAAGCUCUACAAAGGUGAAGCCGAAGCUUCGAGCAAGAGGCUGGUCUUGGAGGAGGAAUCAGAUCUUCCACAACUCAGGACACCCUUGCACUUGACAGGCACCUUUGCCGAGUGGCGAACAGACUUUGCACCAAGCCGUUUGAGGCGGGUCGCAUUGGAGCAGGACACCUUGCGCUUAGCCAUGUGCCUACGUCUAACAUCUCAGUCCUUCAGCUUCCAGGUGGUGAGUCCAUCCAAGGGUUGGACUUGGCGAUUAUAUCCAAGAGAUGCGCAGCCAAUCAGGUUUACCCAUGUCUCCAAAGAAGGGAAGUUGGUUGCUGGAGAGGCAAAUGCCGUGGCUGUAGCCGUGGGAGACAUGCGAGCAGGCCAUGGACUGAACUUCCACGUGGUGGAGCAAACUGGUGCAGUGGUGACUGUUUGGGUGGAGGUUCCAGUAUCGCAGGAGCAGGAUUUCCUCACUGUCCGAUUCGACUCCAAUCGAGCAGUGCGUGUCUGGUACACACUGGAGGACCAAGGUGUACAAUACGAAGGUGGCGAUGGGGUUGAUCUGGAGAAAUACAGGUGGAUGGGCUGGUCUGCUUAGAUGCGGCUGCCUAGUCUGAAAACGAAAGGCCGUGCUUUGUAACGGAUUAUACCGCUUGACUGUGCUUCUUCACAUUCAUUGUUGACGGACAAACAGUGUUGUUUGACUCGUCAACACAUACAUAGCAAGAUCAUCAAGCAUCAUCAAGCCCUUUUCUAGUUGCUACAAAGCAAGUUGCAGACGUCAGGCUGAUGGGGCUCGC